CCCUCUAGCUCUGGAGUCCAUGGCUAUCAGGUUAUCUCCAAAUGUCCGUAGAGUCUUAAGCAAAAUAAGACUGAACAGAGCUCUUGUCAUAAUAAUCAUACUUGCAGUUUGUUUCAUCCUCUACCUUCUCUUGCCCACCUCUAGCAGUAGAGAGGACGAGAAGGCACCUUCUAAUUCUCUCUUGGACAGACUGAAACCUAAUGUCGGGAGAAAACCAGCUGAUCCAGCCCUCUCACUGGAUGAAGACAGUUUCUACAUUCGUGGGAAGAAGACUCACAUAUUAAGUGGUUCUAUACAUUAUUUUCGUGUAGUUCCUGAUUAUUGGACCGAUAGACUAAAAAAACUCAAAGCCAUGGGUCUCAAUACUGUUGAUACUUAUGUAUCGUGGAACCUUCAUGAGCCCAUGCCAGGAGAGUUUGACUUCUCUGGACUGCUGAAUAUACAUGAAUUUAUUAAAAUAGCUCACAGCCUGGAGCUCAACGUUAUAGUGAGACCAGGACCUUACAUAUGCUCUGAAUGGGACAAUGGUGGACUCCCUGCUUGGUUGUUGCAUGAUCCUAAUAUGAAGAUAAGGAGUAAUUAUAAACCUUACCAAGAUGCUGUGAAGAGAUUUUUUACAAAACUAUUUGAAAUAUUGACACCACUCCAGUCUUCAUAUGGCGGUCCUAUCAUUGCUUUUCAAGUUGAGAAUGAGUAUGCUGCUUACGGCCCUCGUAAUGCGACUGGUCGUCAUCACAUGCAGUAUUUAGCUAAUCUCAUGAGGUCACUUGGAGCAGUUGAGCUCUUUAUUACGUCUGAUGGUCAAAAUGAUAUAAAAGCAUCUAGUGACAUGGCACCAAACAAUGCUCUUUUAACUGUCAAUUUUCAAAACGAUCCCAGCGAGGCCUUAAACAAAUUGCUGCUAGUCCAACCAAACAAGCCGCCGUUGGUGAUGGAGUAUUGGACGGGAUGGUUCGAUCACUGGGGACGCCGACACCUCGAGAGAACUCUUUCACCAUCACAGCUGAUUGUUAAUAUUGGGACAAUACUACAAAUGGGCGGAUCCUUCAAUUUAUACAUGUUCCAUGGUGGGACUAAUUUUGGCUUUAUGAACGGAGCUAAUAUUGAGGGAGGAGAGUACAGACCUGAUGUUACUAGCUAUGAUUAUGAUGCUCCAUUGUCAGAAGCAGGUGACAUUACAAAGAAAUAUACAUUACUGAGAGAAUUACUCAAAGAAGCUGUUCCUCAUAGCAUACCUAAUCCAUUACCUGAUAUACCACCUAACAGUGUUAAAGAGUCAUACGGUGAUGUACACUUGCCACUUUGUCUCAGUUUAUUUCAGACAUUGGACUACAUACCACCUCCCCAAGAGUCAAAGAAGCCAAUCCCAAUGGAGUAUCUAUCAAUCAACAAAGAAACAGGACAAGCAUAUGGUUAUGUGCUGUAUAGAACAAACAUAUCGCCUUUGAGCACUAAAAUGACAAUAACUAAACUCAAGGAUUAUGGAGUGGCACUUUAUGAUGGGACCCCGUUUGCUAAACUUUCAUCAUUUGCAAGUCAAACUGUCCUUCUUCCCCAACCUAGUGCAAAGUCGUCUGAUGUUAAUUUGGAUCUCUUGGUUGAGAAUAGUGGACGAGUGAAUUUCGGCUCACAAAUUGGAGAUAGGAAAGGUAUUAGUGGAGUUGUCAUUGUUGAUGACGAGUUCCCAAAGUCGUGGCAAAUUUAUUCGUUUGAGUUCAAGUCAAGUUAUAUAGAACAUGUUAUGGCUGGGGGGCUGUGGAGUCGCUCAUCAGCUGGUACACAAACUGGUCCCGCUCUUUUUAAAGGAGACUUCACCAUUAGCACCACACCUCAGGACACUUUCAUUGAUAUGACUGGUUGGACUAAAGGCCUUGUUAUUAUCAAUGGUGUUAAUCUUGGACGUUAUUGGACGAUAGGGCCACAGCAAACCCUCUAUGUGCCAGCACCUCUUCUAAGAAAAGGAAUAAAUAAACUCUUGAUAUUUGAAUUACAUCGGCCUAGCUCAUCCUUUACUGUUACAUUUAGCAAAGAACCCGUCCUUGAUUCUGGUGGCAUGAAAUAAAUAGUACUAGCUCUGGGACAAACGGUUUAUAUUUGGCACCUUUUAAUAUAGUAAUAAUAAUAAUAAUAAUAAUAAUAAUCAUUAAUUUUUAUUAAAAUGCA